CGACAUCCCUCUCGACUCCGACUCCCCUCUACACCGACUCCCUCUCGACUCCCGAGUGAGCACCGCAGCGCCCUCAACUCGGCCGCGCGGUGGCCGCCGGGAUCGCGCGCAAAUGGCGGACGGAGGCGACCACAUCGACAUCUACGCCGACGUGGGCGAGGAGUUCGGGCAGGAGCAGGACUACAACCGCGAUGAUGAUCUCUACAACGACGUCCUCGCAACGUCCACCAACAACGGCGACACGCUGGAGUCGCGCCGCGCAUCGCUCGACGGGCCGAGGGGGGGCGGGGAGCGCGACGAUCUCGACUUCCCCGACUCCAUGGGUGGGGGGCCCCCCUCCUCCUCGGCGGCCCCCGAGGGCUCCCCCAAGCCCGGCUCGGGGCCCAACAUCGUCUACACGUACAGCAAGCGCGUGCCGAUCUACGUGGGCAACCUCACUUGGUGGACCACCGAUCAGGACCUGAUUGAAGCUUUCCAGGCUGUGGGGGUCAGCGAUGUCCUAGGAAUCAAGUUUUAUGAAAACCGUGCCAAUGGGCAGUCUAAAGGGUUCGCCAUCGUGAACCUGGGCUCGGAUGUGGCAGCACGUAAGCUGAUGGACCUGCUUCCGAAACAUGAGAUUCAUGGUCAGGAUCCCAUCGUGACUCCUUGUAACCACCAGACGCUGAGCCAGUUUGAGACUCAGUCCCGAAAGAAUUUCGGCCAGGUGGACCCUGCUCCGUGCAACUGGAGCAAGGGGGGCAGGGUGGGCCAGUCUCCUCCACCGCAUGGCCCCUCGCGCGGGGGUCCUCCCUCCGGCGGCCCACCCCACCACCCCGGCCCCCUGGGUGCCCCCGGCCCCCACGGGCCCCCCUUGAUGUCCCGGGGAGUGCCGUUGUCCCUACAGGGCCCCCCGAUGAUGGUGGCGGCGCUGCCCCCUCCGCCGGCCGCUCGCUUGGAGCGUCCUCCGCCGGGGCAGCCGUUCCCGGGACAGCCGUUCCCGGGGCAGCAGCCUCCGCCGCACUUUAACGACCUGCCCCCUCCUCGGCCGGGAUUGCUGCCCCCUCACCACCACCCUCACCCCCACGCUCACCCCCAUCCUCACCAGAUGCCCCUGCCACCGCAUUCGAUAGGUCACCACCCUCACCAGCAGCAACAGCAGCAGCAGCAGCUCCCUCCUCACCACCCCCACCACCACCCUCACCAUCCUCAGCACCACCCGGGGGCGGCACAACUGCCGCACGGCCCCCACGGCCCCCACGGCCCUCACGGCCCUCACGGCCCUCACGGCCCCCACGGCCCCCACGGCCCGAACGGCCCGCACGGCCCCCACGGCCCCCACGGCCCCCACGGUCCCCACGGCCCGCACGGUCCUCACGGCCCCAUGGGAUUCGUGCCGCCCCACCACGUAGGCCAGCAGGGGGGGCCGCCCCCUCCUCCGCCUCCGCCGCCCCCCCACGGGGCCUUCCAGCAGCGGCCCGGCCUUCCUAUGCCGCCCCUCUCCUCCUCUCUGCCCCCGCCCCCACAGCAAGUGCGGAUGCUGCCCCCACACCACGGGGGCCCCGGGCCGCAGGGCCCCCCAAUGAUGGGGGGCGGAGGAGGACCCCCCAUGGGCCACCCCGGGCCAAUGCCGACGCCACACGUCAACCCGGCGUUCUUCCCUCCACCUGGGGGAGCCGGAGGAGGGGGGGGAGGAGCAGGAGGUGGGGGGGGCAGCGGCGGGGGGGGGCAGCUGCCCCAAAUGCCGCCGCCUAACGCGGGAGGAGGGGGAGGUCAGCAGCGUCCGGAUGGUGGAAGAGGGGGUGGCCCCCCGGGCCCUCCAGGUCCGCCGGAGCAGUUUGUGAGGCCCCCGCCGGGAUACGAGAGGGGAGAGUACCGACCCCCCCCGCAGGAGAGCCACCGCGAGGCCGAGGGGCCCCAGCUGUCAGAGACGGAGUUCGAGGACAUGAUGACGCGGAACCGCGCCGUUUCGAGCAGCGCCAUCUCGCGCGCCGUCUCGGACGCGAGUGCCGGCGACUACGGCAGCGCCAUCGAGACGCUCGUGACGGCCAUCUCCCUCAUCAAGCAGUCCAAGGUGUCGGGGGACGAGCGUUGCCACGUGCUCGUCGGCUCCCUGCAGGACUGCCUGCACGGCAUUGAGGCCAAGUCCUACGGCUCGGGGUCCAGGAAACGCGAGCACUCCCGCGAUCGCGAACGCGACCGGGACCGCGACCGCGACCGGGACCGCGACCGCGACGGGGAGUCGGGGCGCUCGCGCGAGAAGUCUCGGCGCCACAAGGGCAGCGGCAGCCAGCGCUCGCACAGCCGCGAGAAGUACGACGACUACUACCGCGAGGGGGGGGGCGGCGGCCGCGAGCGAAGCCGCGAGCGCCGGGACAAGGAGCGCGACCGCGACAGGGAGUACCGCCACCACUAGAGACGAGGUGGCACAGAGCACAGACAGGCUAGCACUCGCUGCUUGGCGUUUGUGCCUCCCCCACCCACCCUUCCCACUUCCCCUCCCUGCCCAGCCCUGCCCAGCCCUGCCCAUGUAUUCGUUGUGAACCUUACCCAGCACACUCAGAUUAUCAUUGCACUGCGGCUGCCCACGUUCACGCGAAUGCAGACAAACAAACAAACAAAAACGGACUUGCGGUCGAUGCGAUGACCACACGAGGCGACCACCAAUCGCCUCUUCGCAAAGUCGCCCACCAGCCGUCCCGUCGUCCACCAUUCGUCCCGUCGUCCGCCAGCCCAGCCCUGCUCAACGCGAGGACCUCAUCCCUCCCACGCUCUCUCCACGUACGUGAUGUCUGUGCGCUCGCAAAUGUCCCGUGUUUUCGCUUGGAAUCGUUACGUCGGUUUUUGCAACGCUUCUGGCCUCCCCAUGCUGCCCCGUCUUGCCAGCCUUCUCGCCUCGCCGAUGUAGACCCGGGAGUGGGUCAAACUUUCCCGGUGGGCCCACACCCAUUACAACGAGAGAGGCGGAUGCGGUGUGUGGCCCGGGAGCAGAAAAAAAUGUCCGGGGUCGUCAAACCCGGAUAGGCCCGGCUAAAGUUAAGCCCCGCAAACGCGUUUCUGACUCUCCGUGUGUUCGCCAUUUAGGCGGAAUGGAGCGACGGGCCGCCCUGUGCCGUUAAGAGAUUUUCGUUUGGGUGUGGAGGCGGAAAAGUCAGGAACCAAUCAGGCCGUGGGAGCGGGGGGGGGAGCGAGAGCUCGAGCCGAGGAAGCGCUCGCUCGCCCGCUCGCGGCUGGUUCUCUUUUUUCUGCCUGGAAUUAAACGACGUUGCAACGCCAACGGUGGAGAAUCACUCGAUAUAUAGCAAAAUGAUACCGAAUCGCAUCGGCGCGGGAGAGAUGAUAUUGAUUGGAUCGAGUGGAAAUUGGGCAGUUCCCGGCUACAAUGUUGUGUGCUGCGGUCGUCAUGGGCUUCAAAUCGCCCUCCUUGCUGCGCUGGACUCCGUAGGCCCACGGCGCGGAGGUGGCUCCCACAAUGUGCAAGGACGACGUCGCCACGCGGUUGUAGGCCCCACCCAUUCGCGAGCAGAGACGAGGGGAGGCUUUCAGUGUGGCUGCCAAGCCCCUUAGAGGGCGCUGGAGUUACACCUAACGGUGCGCAGGUGGCUGCGACUUUUUUUUUUGUAUUUGUCUCGCGUACCGAAGCUUCAAGCCUCUUGUGGAAACAGCCCUAAGGACGCCGCAGGGGUUUCUUGGCGCACCUACAAAUGCAGCAGCCGUUUUGAUUUUAUUUGUAGAGCCGGCACGUCUCCCUUUUACGGUUGGGCGAUGCCCGGCAUUUGCCGGUGAUGACCGUGGUGAACACGGCGAUGUUUUGCUGAAAAGUUGUAAAGUUGUCGCGAGCUUUGCUUUUUUUUUAAAUCUUAAUAAUAGUGACGUGCGCGUUGUUUUGGUUUGUUGCUACGCCGGAGUGUUAAAAUUGUGUUUCGUACAAUAGAACCUCUUGCAGAUUUAAGGCUUCAAAGUUACGAUACAUUGUAAACCGUGAUAAAGUUAGCUUGAUAAGAAUCGGGUGGCGUAGCCUAGGGCGUGGGUGUGGAUUGCACAACCGUGCUUUUAAGCCCCGCCACCCGGGCUCGAUUCCUGACCGCGGCUGACAUCGGUGGCGAGUGUUAUCCCCGACCGAUCGUGCAUAUCCAUCCCCAUCACCAAACGCACAAUGACCAGCUUGGUGAAGUAUGGCAAAGCACACCCCCAUGGCCGACGCGGCAUGAGGGAGUCCUUCAUCCCGAAGUGGAUUGACAAGGGCCUGUGACUUAUUAUUAUAAACGUAAAUAGUCGACCCUUAACUAAAUGCGAGCGGCCGUGCGACAUGAAUAGACAAGUCGAAUUAUUUACCUGCUCGCACACGAGAGCGUGGUGGAAAUUCCACAUUCCCGUGGCUAUUUUCACGAUUAUUUCUGUUGAUGAUCGUCACUUAAGAUGGCGAUGAGAUGAGUUGGACCACGAUUUGAACCUUUACGACCUUCCGAUUGCGAGUUAAGCUCUCAAACUCUCUCACGGUCGUGCUGCCGGCCUGGCUUGAUCAGAAUACGCACGACCUGUAGGCGUACCAAGAGAGAGUUUGAGGUUUGUUUCAGCCAUGUGUUGUUGUGCAUGUGAUGUUUGAAAUAAAGUCUUCUGAACGGAGGAAGAGGAAUUUACAGUCACAACAAACAAAACAAGUUGACACGCGUCAAUAACACUGCGCCAAAGUAUAUCAUAGGUGACGUUUUAUGCAAAUGGAUUUCCUUCAUAGCACGUGUUAUUGAUAAACGUGUUGUUAUUAUGCACCACUGCCAUCACAGCAGCUGCAUGACCAAAUCACCAGAUCAUGUGUUUGAAGGCUGCUUGAAUAAUGUUGUUGUUUGCUAAAAUGUUAAAUCCAGUUCGGUUUAUUUUUGACAAUUUUUUUUUUCAUUUUGUUGUUCAUGUACAAUACAAUACGUACAACAGCUACAUAAUGUUUUAAGAAUCAUUUUGAUUGUCAGUCCACCGAUCGAUAGAGGCGUCUCCUCCAUGCCACGUCGGCCAUCGGCGGUUGUUUGACCAUACUUCGCCACGCUGGUCAGUGCGGGUCGGCGAAGAGUGGGGAUAGGAGGCCGAGGAGCGGCUCGGAUGCCACCUGUUGUUGGCCGUGGACAGGAAUCGAACUUGGGUCGCCCAGUUCACAGCGGGGGGGAGUGUGCCAAUCACCGCGCUAACCCCGCACCCACACAACAAAAUGCUCGCGUAGGUAUGAAGAAAUAAUUUUCACCAUCGCAGCUGAUUAAAAGUGCAAAUUUGAGGGGGUUGUGUGAGAGUUGAAUCGCAGAAAAUGGAGAUAAACGGCUUCGAGUAACAGCCACGAUGACGUGACGUCAUCUCCCUCGCCUACGCCUGUACAUUUGGAGUUUGCGUGUCUCCCCGUGGUCGCGUGGAUUUCCCUCUGGCUCCUCCAGGUUUUUACCUCCACCUUCAGAAAUAUGCCUUUAGAAUAUUUGGCUGCAAUGUCCACGUGAUAACCCACACUCCAUUGAGCUUUCCAUUUGUGGCCAAGUCGCUUCUGAAAAAGAGCUCUAUUUCGCUCAGUGGACCUUGCCUGGUUAAAUAAACAUUUUCUACGUGUCUCUCUCCAUGACGGAGCCAUCCCGAUGUUCAUUUCUGCGUGUUGCAUAAAAAACAAAAAAAUUACGUGCAUUUGUAAAACGAGUUGGAUUUUGAAAUGGGUGAAAAAAUAAAAUGUAGUUGUGUUCGCAAGCUGUUACGAAUGUUGGCGUUGGAUUUGUGACCGUUUCGUCGAUCCUGGCGACAAUGUUGACAACAGCUUCACUCGAAUGUUGGCAAAAUUAAAAGACUGUUUUGUGAAAACC